CAAUGAGCUAGCCAAAAGCGGGUGUAGUUGUAGAUGGCUGCGUCCCAUUCCGUUGAUCAGAAACAUACUUGCAGAGUGUAAACAAAGACAGACUGAAAGCUAGUUAGCUAGAUUAGAUAUCUUGUUAGAUAAACAGAGUGAUAGAUAGAAACAGAUAUAUUUUUUAAAAGUAGGCUAAUACUUGGUUUUUAAUGGAUGGCGAGUAGAAUAAUCAAGCUAAAUGGAACGCCUCCCACUGUGUUACAAAAUCCUGACGUCAUUGCUCUCGUAAUUGCUUGUGUAAACUCGCAUGCGGCAGUUUCGUGUACAGCAGAAAUUACAGGUAACAUUUCAUUUAAUCUCAUUUUCCUUUCUCCCUCCAUAUCACCGUUUAUGAGGCGUUGUUUUACAAGGAACGCAUUUUCCUCUUUCCUUACCGAGUCACUCGCCGCAAUGUCUGACAAAAAGCGCAAAGCAACCUCUGCUGCUGCCGCCGAGUCCGGUGCCAAGCAACGAAAAGUGGCUUCUAGUCAGGUUGGCAAGGUGGAGAAAGAAGCAGGCUGGCUGAAGGACCUACUCCAACGACAAAGGUGCGAAAAGAAGGACGUGAAAGUCAACAAGAAACGCCUUCGCUUUAUCUCAGACGCACAACAGACGAAGCAGGACUCCGCAGGGGUGCUGUAUUGGAUGUUGAGAGACAUGAGAGUACAAGAUAACUGGGCAUUUAUCCACGCCCAGCGUCUUGCGGUGAAGAAAAAUCUACCUCUCCACGUCUGCUUUUGCUUGUUUGCGCCCAAAUCCGAGCUGUCCACUCUGAGACAUUACAGCUUCAUGCUGAAAGGUCUGGAAGAAGUCGAAAAGGAAUGCAAAGCUUUAGACAUCCAGUUCCAUUUGCUAAACGGUGCAGCAGGCCAAGCGCUGCCCGCCUUUGUGUCCGAGCGCGGAUUCGGGGCGGUGGUGACCGAUUUCUCACCCCUCAGGGAACCUCUCAAGUGGUUGGAUGAGGUGAAAAAGAGUCUUUCGGAGGAUGUUCCACUCAUUCAGGUUGAUGCCCAUAAUGUUGUUCCAUGCUGGGUAGCCUCUCCUAAACUUGAAUAUGCUGCCAGGACAAUCCGUGGGAAAAUUACCAAACUUUUACCUGAAUUUCUGACUGAUUUUCCCGCCGUUGAGAAGCAUCCUUACACGGCGGCAAAAAACGGCAAACCAGUGGACUGGGCAAAAACUUUGUCCUCCCUCUCGUUGGACAACAGCGUGGGGGAGACAGAGUGGGCUCGGCCAGGCACCGCGUCGGGAACGGCCAUGUUGGAAUCCUUUAUCGAUCGUCGACUCAAACUGUUUGCCACUCAACGUAACGACCCCAACGCUCCCGCACUCAGCCAACUCUCCCCUUGGAUCCGCUUUGGACACCUGUCCGCCCAGCGUGUGGUGCUGCAAGUCAAGCAGGACGGACGCCACGCCAGCGAGUCGGUGGCACCUUUCAUCGAAGAGUUGGUGGUGCGCCGAGAACUGACGGACAACUUUUGCUUUUACAACCCCAAAUAUGACAGCCUCGAAGGCGCUUACGAGUGGGCUCAAAAAACCUUGCGAGAUCACGCCAAAGACAAGAGGCCUUACCUGUACACACGAGAGCAACUGGAGAAAGCCCAGACGCACGACAAGCUGUGGAACGCCGCUCAGUAUCAAAUGGUCUGCGAGGGCAAGAUGCACGGCUUCCUGCGCAUGUACUGGGCCAAAAAGAUCCUGGAGUGGACAAGUUCACCAGAGGAGGCGCUCUCCAUCGCUCUGUACCUCAACGAUCGCUACGAGUUAGAUGGUCAGGACCCCAACGGAUUUGUGGGUUGCAUGUGGUCGAUUUGCGGCGUCCACGACCAAGGAUGGGCCGAAAGAGCGGUUUUCGGGAAGAUCCGCUACAUGAACUACAAAGGCUGCCAACGCAAGUUUGACGUGGCCAAGUUCGAGAAAAAAUACUGUCCCAAAACUCUUGGUUGAAGUGCGUCUUUUACUCCUUUGCAUUUUCUCUCCUUCUUACUGGGUGUUUUGUAUUUUGUCCAAAAUGUUGGUGCUAUUGUUUUCUACAAAUAUACAUUUAAGACUCAAUACAGUGGACUAGUGAGUAUUAUUUAGACCAGACAUGUCCAAAAUCCGGCCCGGGGGCCAAAUGCGGCCCCUGGUCAAAUUUCAUCCGGCCCCCAGCCUUUGUCAUAAAAUCAAUAACGUCUGGCCCGCACACAGACUUAAUAAAUGGGUCAGAAGUACUGCAACCAGCAUAUGAAGUAGCUUACACACGAAAUGCUGCCCCUCAUUUACCCACUAAAAGGCAGCAGCACUUUAACCCUUUAUUGCCAAAUGUAUCACAUUUGAUACACCUAAAAUUUCAUGAUUUUGAGACUAAUUUAGAAUUUUGACAUUUCUUUUUGAGAAAAAAAACGAUGGAUGCAAGUCAACACAUGCAUUUGCAGGUUCUAUGAGAGAGAAACAUUAUUUAGCAUGGGUUAUAGAUAUAAGAGCACUUAUGACUCAUUCAUUUUGACUUUUCUUUUUACAAAUUUGAAAAAAUGGUUUCAUUAGGACCUUAUUUUUCAAAUUUUGGGAUUCUCUGACAAUUGCUUCAUGUUGCAGGUAUUGAAGGGCUAAGCAACAUUACCCUAUGUGAUCCAUUACUUCAAUUUUCUAAAAUAGCGACAAUCACCAAAAAAAAAAAAAAAAAAAAAGUUGACUGUGAAGGCUGACGCUUCAAGGAUAGGUGGAAAUUUCCUCACUAAAAUAUGCAACAACUGUGUCUGCCUCAUUUGCAAAGAGACAUUCGCCUUUUUUAAAGAUUUCAAUGUUAGCCGAUAUUAGCAAACAAGACACGCUGACAUGUACGGCAAGAUUACAGGGAAGAUUCGCAGCGAGAAAUUGAAGCAACUUGAAGCUAGUUUAAUAUCACAGCAGCGGUAUUACGCAAGAGCCCGAGAGUCGAAAGAGAACGCCACAAAGGCUAGUUGUAAGAUUUCUGAAAUUAUUCAAUUUAAAAAAAUAAAAUAGCAAAUGUGACACACUGAAUGGCAUGCUAAAAUUUGCUUAAAUAUAUUGUUCUACGUAAAGGACGUCAGCCAAGGUCGGCCCCCCACAUUUUUACCGCACCAAAUCUGGCCCUCUUUGCAAAAAGUUUGGACACCCCUGAUUUAGACCAUCUGUCAUCAAAAUUUUAUCAUCAAAAGAAAUUUAUUUGUAUUCACCACAUCAGCAGCGUUGUUUUUGGCAGCCAGUUUUAUUUUGGUCUUACUCUUUUGGACAAAAAUACUUAUUUAGUCAUUUCAAAAUGUGUUUGUCUUCGUCUAGUUAUACAGAGUUUUAAAAAGUCCUCACUUUAGCUGUCUUAACCAGCUUGCAAAUUUACGGAGAAUCGCACUUUCAAGUGACAAAAGUGUUUUAAGUCAAACACGUUGUAGGCCAUUUUCAUACUUGUAUUCUUUUUUUCCAAAGGCCAACGUGGCAUGGUUCCUUUCCUACUAAUUAGCACGACACAAGACAUGAAAGCAUAAAUAUAUACAUAUUUUUUUUAAUGGGAAAAAAAAGAACAGCCUAGAGUGGGUUUCUAUACAGACUACAGUUAAUGUUUGUGAAAUGCUAUCCUUUGGCUUGAUUAAGCCAUGUCUGAUUAAUUAAGAUUUCACUGAAGUUGCUGCUAGAGAUGUGAUGCAACUUUCUUUCUACAGAGUUUGAAAAAAACAACACAAAAAGAGUCGUGUGUGUGUGUGUAUACACAGUGGGGCAAAUAAGUAUUUAGUCAACCACUAAUUGUGCAAGUUCUCCCACUUGAAAAUAUUAGAGAGGCCUGUAAUUGUUAACAUGGGUAAACCUCAACCAUGAGAGACAGAAUGUGGAAAAAAAAAAAACAGAAAAUCACAUUGUUUGAUUUUAAAGAAUUUAUUUGCAAAUCAUGGUGGAAAAUAAGUAUUUGGUCAAUACCAAAAGUUCAUCUCAAUACUUUGUUAUGUACCCUUUGUUGGCAAUAACGGAGGCCCAACGUUUUCUAUAACUCUUCACAAGCUUUUCACACACUGUUGCUGGUAUUUUGACCCAUUCCUCCAUGGAGAUCUCCUCGAGACCAGUGAUGUUUUGGGGCUGUUGUUGGGCAACACGGACUUUCGACUCCCUCCACAGAUUUUCUAUGGUGUUGAGAUCUGGACACUGGCUAGGCCACUCCAGGACCUUGAAAUGCUUCUUACGAAGCCACUCCUUUGUUGCCCUGGCUGUGUGUUUGGGAUCAUUGUCACGCUGAAAGACCCAGCCUCAUCUCUAAAAUAUGCCAUAUUUUUCUGUAAAUUAUUGUUGUAAUGGAAAGAUAAGACGGAUAUAUACAUUUAACAUACUGUACAUAAGUACUGUAUUUGUUUAUCAUAACAAUAAAUCCACAAGAUGGCAUUAACUUUAUUAACAAUAUUUCUGUGAAAGGGAUCCCCAGAUAGAAAGACUUGUAAUUCUUAAAGGAUAAAUGUGAGUUUGUAUAUUGUGACUAAAUAUUGCCAUCUAGUGUAUUUGUUGAGCUUUCAGUAAAUGAUACUGUAGCGACUUAACUGUUCUGCCCAAACGCAUGAUGGGAAGUGGUGCAACCAUGACUGCGUGUGGUGGCUGCAAAUGCUAUAUCUUCUCUGCGUUGGGUACACUACAGGGUGUUAAGAAAAAGAUCAACUCCUGGCAUUCUUCCCCACGUCGCUUCCCACAAUAUUUAUAGUUGCUGUGGGAGAGAUGACAAAGCUUUUGCCAAUUAAAAGCACGGCCCUAAUGAAUGCUUGUAUCUACUCCACUCUGCCUCUUAUCUCUGUAUAUAAGUAAAACGGCGCCAUUGUAGGCUGUUUGCGGCAAUGCGUGAAUGAGUCGUACCGCGAAUGCGUUAAUUGCGAUAUUUUCACGUGAUUAAUUUUAAAAAAUUAAUUAGCGCCUGUCAACGUGAUAAAUUUGACAGCCCUACAUUUAACAAAAUAAAUGCAUUCAUUUGGGAAGAAAUGCAUAAAUGAUGCUACAACAAUCUAACGAUAUACUGGCCAGUGGGGUGGCCAACCAGUUUAUAGGGGUGGCCGUGGCCACCCCCUGGUGGCGCCACUGGUCAGCGGUUUUCUGUGAAAAACAACUCCAUUUAUGGACAUGGUUGCAUUAGGGGAGAUGUAUACUGACUUCAGGGGGUAAGCCUAUAUUCCAAUAUUUUGGAUGACUACUUAAGAAAUAAUGUUUUGACGUAACUUGACUCGAGUCGAAUUUUUGGCUACUCUACCCACCUCUACUCUGAAGUCAGUUUUACUAUUCAGACGUUAAAUAGCGUGUCAGAUUAAAAAAAAAUAAAAACAUUUAUAUAGCUGUUAUGCAAAUGUUUGAAAAGGCUUAUAAAACUGCAGUAGUUUACGGCUUCUCUAUAAAUGCCCUCUUAGAAAAAAAAAACGCUCUUGAAAUGUCCUUUAAACUUAAACAGCAAUGAAGAAUUUUCACAUUAAAUAAAUAGUUUUGUUUUUAACUCAAUUGGCUGCCAUUGACGACAAUCUACACUUUAAUACAGUGGUAUGAAAAAGUAUCUGAACUUUUUGGAAUUUCUCACAUUUCUGCAUGAAAUCACCAUCAAAUGUGAUCUGAUCAAACCACCGAGGGGGGAAAAAUAAGUGAACCCUCUGUCUAAGGAGACUUAAAGAGCAGUUGAAACCCAUUUUUACCAACGAAUUUAAGUCAGGGUUGUGUCCAAUCACUGAUGAGUGCUUUAAAUCUGCCCUGUCCACUAUAAAACACACACCUGGUAAGAAUUGUCUUGAUGAGACGCACUGUCUGAUGUGCAUCCUGACUCGGUCAAAAGAGCUGUCUGAAGACCCGCAAUCAAGGAUUGUUGAUUUGUAUAAAGCUGGGAAAGGAAAGGAUACAAAAUCAUCUCUAAAAGUCUGGGUGUCCAUCAAUGGACGGUCAGAGAAGUUAUCUGCAAAUGGAGAGACCGUCCACUAAAGAUGACGCCAAGUGAGGUAAAAAAAAAAAGAACCCAAGAGUGUCUGCUAAAGACUUACAGAAAUCACUGGCACAGUACAAUAUCUCUGCGCAAGAAUUGUGUUCAUGAGAGGCCUCCACGGAGGAAGCCACUACCAUCUUAAAAAAAAAACCUUGUUGCUCGUUUAAUAUUCGCAAAAAGGUACUUGGACACUCCACUGACGUUUUGGCAAAAUAUUUUGCGGACUGAUGAAACCAAAGUUGAAUUGUUUGGGAGUAACACACAACGUCGUGUGGAGGAGAAAGGAACAGCUCACCAACAUCAACACCUCAUGCCCACCGUGAAGCAUGGUGGAGGGAGCACCAUGAUUUGGGGCUGUUGUACUGCCUCAGGGCCUGGACAACUUGCACUCAUUUUUGGAACAAUGAAUUCAAAAUUUCAUCAGGAUGUUUUGCAAGAAAUCCUGUGGCUGUCUGUCAGACAGUUGAAGCUAAAAAGACGAUAAAUGAUGCAACAAGACAAUGAUCCAAAACACAGACGUAAAUCAACUUCAGAAUGGUUUCAGAAGAACAAAUGACACGUUCACGUCCAGACUUGAACCGCAUUGAGAUGCUGUGGCAUGACCUAAAGACAGCAAUUCAUGCUAGACAUCCCAGGAAUCUGACUGAACUACAGCAGUUUUGUAGAGAGGAAUGGGCCAAGAUUAGUCCUGAUCGAUGUACCAGACUGAUCUGCAGUUACAGGAAGCGUAUGGUUGAAGUUAUUGCUGCCAAAAGGGGGCACAAAAUAUUAAAUGUGAUGGUUCACUUACGUAUUCCCCCCCCCCUCUCUCAUUGUUUGCAUACUAUCCUCAUUAAAAUAUGAAAAGCUAUAAAUGUUUGGGUGGUUUUAGUUAAAGCAGAAACUGUUUUUUCAUCUGUGUGAGUUUGACAAAGAUAGCCACCCUCCCCCUUCAAAUGGAUUGGACGUCUACUAGUGAUAAACUCACAGCAGAAGCUUGUUGUUCUGUUUAUUAGUUGUUUUGUACAAUAUCUUGAUUUCAUGACCAAUCAAUAAUUGCUGUAGCGCCUAAAAAGGAAAGAGCGAAUGAACAAGCACUCAUUUGCCCUCUCCCAGUCAGAAUGGAUUGGACGUCUCACGCUGUAAAUGGCGUGCCAAUGAGUAAAAACAGUCCCUUAAAAAGACAAGACAUUCAUAAACUAGUGAAAUAUGAACAAGCAAAAUUAUAUAGAACAAAAAGACCAACAUUGGCACUACAUCCGUCAUUUUUAAAAAUUCAAAUCAUGAGGAAACUAAGGCAUGGAAAAACAGUAAUUCCUAUUUAGCAUAUCAUGCUAAUGCUAGCUACAUUAUGAUGAAUCAAUGUUAACGUUUCUGUCAAUGUCAAAAUAAUUCAGCCGUCUCCAUUCAACGUAGUCUGCUUCAACAUGGCCGCCGGAGUCCAUUUGCUUUUUUCACGCGCUUUGUGGCUCAAGCUAGCGCGCAGACUCAUCUCCAAACCCGAGCUUAGCGACCAGCCGUCGCCGCUGCAACAGACGUGUCUGAACAUUUCUCGGAAGCGCGUGGACAUGAGGUUGUAGAGGACGGGGUUGACGGCGGCGCUCAGGUAGAAGAAGACGCCCGACACGAUGUGGACGUGCUCGAAGAUCUGCAGGUGGCUCUCCAGCGACGCGUCCAUCAGGCUCCACAUCAGACGGUCCGCAUGGAAGGGAGCCCAGCAGAGACCAAAAACCAUCACCAGCACACCUGGACGCGAGGAAGGGUCAAAUUUGAAGACAAUUUUCAAUGAAAGUAUUCGAGGGAAACACAUUUGGGGAUGACUAAAAUAUGACUAAAACGAAAAUGAUAAGGGCUGCCAAAAACAAAAGUGGUCUACAUACACAACAUUUUGGUGACUUGAAGGUUGCGUUUGUUGACUUUCCGCGCGUGGGCUUUGCUGAGGCUUUCUGGGCCAAAGCUGCACCGGACCUCCACCGUGGUGGUCAUGGUCUUCUCCCUGUGUAGCUGCAGUCCGAUAAGAAGGUAGAGGAUGCUGAUGAUCAGCAUGGGCAGGAUGAAGAAGACCAGCGUGGAAAUCAGGAUGAUUAGAUUGUACAUCCAUCUGGGCUUCACCAACUCUGUGGAGUAGAAUGGAACCAUGAGCCAGUGUUGAUAGUGUAUCCAUACCGCAUUUUUUGAAAAAAAAAAAAAAAACACUUUUCCCCUUUUAUUACUAAAUAACUGCAUACAGUACUCAUUCCAAAUACUGUAUUGGCCCGAAUAUAAGACAGCCCUGAUUAUAAGACGACCCCCUCUUUUUCAAGACUCAAGUUUGAAAAAAGACUUUUUGAGCACCAAAUAAUUUUUAAUACAAAAAAUGAUUAGAGUACAUCCGAAACAAAUGAUUAUGACAAUAUAUUUGAGAGAAAAAGCAUGUUAUUUUGCCUCAUUCAAAUCUUAAUAUCGGAACAUUUAAAUAUGUAAACUAAAGUGCAAUCACAUUCAUAAAUGAAUGGCUUCUGCUUUUUAAAAUGUAAAUAAACCAAUCUAUUGUGAUAAAAACUCAAAAUUGCAAUAACUGCAAUAACCAUCAAAGUGAGGUAACAGCUGAGAUCUGUCAUGACAGAACAUCGCUUCAAUGAUAUCUGGUGCCAUCUAGCGUCGUGAAUGGGUAUAAUGUCUAGACCGCGAAUAUAAGACGACCCCCACUUUUUCAGUCUUAUUUCAAUGCAUAAAACAACGUCUUAUAUUCGGGCCAAUACGGUACUCAGAUAUUUAUCGAGCCUAUCCAACCCCCUACCCUUUCCGAUAACUGACCCCAUCGUGUCCCAUAGAUAAGCACUUGACACUGGAAGUCGCGGGUUUUUUGGCUAUAAAGAAAGACCAAAAAGGCGUCAAAUGACCUCGAUACCAAACUGACUACUGGACUUUGUCAAACAAUUUUGCUUCUCAAGUCCUCAGACAGUUCUUUGGUCUUCUUUCUGUCCUUGGUUGAGUCAACUUUAAUCCAUUUUAGCUGGCUGCAAGUGUGAUUUAUUUAUUGCCACCACCUGUUAUGUGCCACAGGUAAGUAACAGGUGCUGUUUAUAACACAAAUUAGAGAAGCAUCACAUGAUUUUUCAGAGGGUGCCAAUACUUUCGUCCGGCCCAUUUUUGGAGUUUUGUGUAAAAUGAUCAUGAUUAAUUUUUUUUUCUCUUACUUCUCUUCUUACUUGCUACCGCUGUACUUAAUUGUGGUUUUACACGUUCUGCAUAUGAAAUACACGUUAGCGAAUUAGCUAAUUAGCUUAGCGCUCGGCGCUAAUUAUUAUAGGGUGACCAAACGUCCUCUUUUGCCCGGACACGUCCUACUUUCACGUAGUAUCCUUGUCGUCCAGGCGGGUUUUAUAAAUUCAUAAAAAUGUCCGGUUUUUAUGAUUUUUCACGGGACCAAUUUGAAGAGAAUCCCUCCGGCCGCUGGAUGGCAGCAGUUGACAUGGCUCCUACUAGAAGGGACUUGUUUUUGUUGGCAGUUUACCCCUAUCAUUACUCAUUACCGCCAUCUACUGGGUUGACGAUUUGCCCACAACGCUUGCCCAAUUGUUAAGUUUUUUACGAUAAAUAUGUAUAUAAUGGCAACUGUUGACUUAUGUCAGCGCUUUGACUGUAAAUUCCCGUUUGGUGUCGCAUCGUUGCGCUGCCGAUGAUUGUAAACAUUUAUAGCAAAGUUUGAUUUUUGCUUCAGCUAGCUAUCAGUAAGCUAAAACGCGCUAGGCAUUAUGGGAAACGUAGUUUUGAACUGCUACGUUUGGAAACAUGCUGGUGGAAUAGUUUGUCAGUUUAUUUCGGUUUUUGUUUGUGUGCAAUCUAGAACAUUGAAUACGUUUUGUGUAAAAUGAUCAUGAUUUUUUUUUUUUUUCAAUUUUUUUUUUUUUUUUUCAUCGCAAGCAAGAUAAAUGAAGACGUUACUACCAAAGCAUUUGUAAUUGCAAUCAUUUUCUAGAAGAAAUUGAGCAUUAUCUGACAGAAUUGCAGGGGUGACAAUGCUUUUGGCCAGCAGUGUACGACAAGAUCACUGAUUCGCUUAUCUCACUGUUGAUUAAAAAAGAAUUCUGCCUCACACAGAUCAUCCAAUCAUCAUGCAGAGAACCAGAGCGUUCGGGCCAGCUGUGCCCUGCCCGAUUGGGGGGAUAAACCCAGCCUUUAGCCAAUGUCUGAUCUUGUUUCGCUGCAGUGGAACAAUACACUCCCAAUUCUGGAGACGCAGCAGUGUCCCUACUGUUUAAAGCAGGGGUCUCCAAACUAUUCCGCAUAGAGCCAUGGUGGUUGCACAAUUUCAUUUCAACUAGGGUUGGGAAUCUCUGGCAUGAAGCCGAUUCGAUAUGUAUCUAGAUACACAGGUUACGAUUUGAUUAAAAAACGAUACAUUCUUACGGCCGAGCGAUUCAAUACGAUUCAAUCCAGUUUAAGAACGAUACGGUUCGAUACAGAGUGAAAACGAUACGAUAGUAAACAUUUGUUGUGUGUGUUCGUACAGUACUUUAAACAUAUUAAAAAAAGAUUAAAAAUUAAACAACAAAAUUUCCUAACAAUGUUAUGUUUUAUUUUUUUAUGAAAAAAAAAAAAAAAAAAGCUUACUAUAUGACCGUCAUUUUGUUGGAUGGGAUUGAUAAUAAAAUAAAACUCCAAUGACAGACAACAAUAAAGUGCAGUAAUUUAAUUAAUGUAUUUCCUGGCGUUUUGAACACAAUAGGUAAGUAAUUUAAGUGCAAACUUUCAAAGUAAACAUUUUACAAGCAAAAAAUAUUACUUAUAUGCAGCAGCUCUAGAUAAAAAAAAAAAAAAAAAAAAAAGAAUUAAACCUGCUAGUGUUAUCAUAAAUAAAUAAUAAAUUAUGCUUUACCACUCGUAUAACUGGGGGAAUAAAAACAUGGCAUUUUAGACGGACAGGUCUAUAAUCAUUACUUUAACCUUAUACACAACAAAGUCAUUCACUUAUGCCUGUGCUUCCACAUUUUUUUAUUCCUCAUGACUGCCUAUAUCUUUUUUGAAGGGCAGAUUUUUCUUAAGGAAGAUCAACUGAUCCACAUGAUGCGUUUCGUGGAAACAAUAUGCCGCCCUUUCCACCAUUGUAGUGGGAUAUUUUUCAGGGUUAAUAACUCACGAUGUCUGUACCGCUUCACACUAGCUCUGUCCCAUUCGAACAGAUCUGGCUGCUUUCGUCACUUCAAAGUCUGACUUUUGUUUUCCUCGGUGCGUUGAAAAUCAGUCGCUGCACGUCGCUGGCAUGGUGUGCAAACUGUCCAUUGUUUUAGCAUGUUGCUUCGUUGCCACUACUAGUUUCGUUUUAGACUGUGAAGAAAACGCUACGGAGCGUGCGGUACAGUGGUUUUGUUAGCUCUCGGAUUGUUAUGACACGCCCGUGACGAUCGGUUAAUGACGGCGACUACUCGCGGUUCUGUCGAAAUGAAUGGGAAGUUGAGGCAACCACGACGGCGGUCACAAUUUAAGUGCGCUGUAUGGUGAAUGUCUCAAGCGCAGUACGUGAGGUAAAAGCUAAAUUAUUAUCAUAUUAAACAAUGCAUUUAACUAGGCAUUAGAAGCCGAUUCUUGUGCUCGCGAUAGCCGAAUUCUAUCUUCUCUACUAUGGGUUCAUUGAAUAUUUAAUGGCUAAUUACUGUCGAAUAGUAACUUUACUAUUGAUACAGCUGUAUCUCUCACCUGUAUAAACGGGUAUCCGGUCGUAUCGGUUUAUCGUUCUCAAGCUUAAUUUCAACCAAACAGGAUGACACCUUUACACCAAUCUGGUGUCUUCCAAGUGUAAUCAUUUAAUUGCAGUCAGGUGCUGCUGGUUUUAGCAGAAACCUCACUGGUUAAACUGUGUGCUGGAUCGGUUGAAACCAAAACUAGGACCCACAGUGGCCCUUGAUAACCGGUUGGAGACAUUUUUGGGGAAGCUGAACUUCCCUUACAGCAGCGGUGUCCAAACUAUUCCACAUUGGGCCGCAGUGGGUGCUGGAUUUCUUUCCAACAAUACAAGAUGACACCUUUUCACCAAUCUGGUGUCUUACAAGUGUAAUCAGUUGAUUGCAGUCAGGUGCUGCAGGUCAAACUGUCUGUGCUCAAUUUAUAGGAACAAAAUCCAGGACCCACAGCGGCCCUGAGGACCGGUUUCGACACCCGUGCCUUACAGUCUUGCAGCAAUCGCCACUGAUCUGUGUGGGUCUUAAAGACUGAUUUUUGCUCACUCUUUGAUAAGGUUCAAUCAUUUAAUCAGUGUGGGAGAAUCGUGAUGGGGGACUCCAAAGAUCAUUCAUUUGUUCUACAGGAGCCCUGAUAGAGAAGCAAAAUACAUACGGCAAAUAGCAGAACGCGGGAAGUCCCGUCCGAAUUGAGGAGGCAACGUGACGAUCCCGUGAAGGCUGGUGUUGGGCACAGAGCAUAGCAUGGAGAGCGACCACAGCGCGAAGACCACCCUCUUGACGUGAGCAGACGUGCUCACGUACUUGACCUUGAGGGGAUGCGCCACGGCCAAAUAGCGCUCCACGCUGAGAGCCGUGACGUUGAGGACUGAGGCGAAGCACACCGUCUCGAACAGGAAGGUUUUGAAGUAGCAACCGCCUUCCCCGAACAGGAAAGGGUAAUUCUGCCACAUCUCGUAGAGUUCCAGCGGCAUGCCCAAAAGCAGCACCAGGAGGUCGGACGCGGCCAGGCUCAAAAGGUAGUAGUUGGUGGGCGUCUGCAUCACCUUGUAGCGCAGGAUGACCGCGCAGGUGAGGGAAUUGCCCAGGACUCCCACCAGGAAGAUGCUCAGGUAGGUAACGCAGACCGGAAGGAACACCGGGGACCUCGGGGGCCCCAGUUUCAUCAACAUGUAGUCGUCCUCGCUCAAGCAGAUUUCAUCCAGGUCGUUCCCCGGGAACCGCGACGCGUUCGUCCAGAUGCACCGCAGAGCGUGAUCGGGGCAGCCGGCGUCGACCGAGGCGUUCGCUGUGGUAGGACUCGCACGGGAGCAGUUGAGUUCCGGCAUCGUGACUCCUGACUGGGUCGGUUCUAAUGAGGGGGAAAAUGACAAAUGAGUGUCAAAAUGAGACAUUCCAGAAUGUUGAAAAAUGAAGCCUUGAGUUUUCUGAUUUUCUCCUACAUAUUCAUCUACAUAUACUUUGGGGCAAA